AUGUUGGAGUUAUGUUUAACUCCAAUUGACUUUUAUUACCGGUAUCAAACGUUGUGCAAGUAAGUCAACACUUCAUUUUUAAAAAAGGGGGAGGUACCGCCAACCUUAAGAAAAUUUUUUUUUGUUUAGAGGAAAAACCGUAUCGACCUCCAGAAUUUUAUGUAUUGUUGCUGUAGUAUAUACUUUGACAUUCAUUCACGCUGUACCAAUUUACGGCAGUUUUGCUCAUUUUGGCCCUUCGAAUGCUACAUCAGAAGAUGUAGCUAUUGUAGCAGAGCUACAGAUGCUACCACGGUACAAACAACAUAUGCCUUCUUUUACUUAUAGCUCGUCAGUAAGUUUUUUAGCUUUGUAUUUUAUACCUAAGAGUCGGCUUUCUAUUUUUGACACUUGAAACGAUAUUUAAAAGGCAAAAGAAGUCAUGUCUUUUUUUACAAUGGAAAGACAUAUGGAUUGACGACAAGACUUUUGUGACUCCUUUGCAUGCCAUUUAAACUUAUUCAUCUUGGUUUUAAAACAAGAUAAAUAAGAUUUUCAGACUAAAAACAUAAAGCAACUUUAAAUGUGAAAACAAGUUUUAUUACCUAAAAGCUCAAAAAAAUAAGAAAAAUUGUAAAAUACGCGCUUCUUAACUUACAUACAUUUGUCAAAGCUAAUAAAAUAUGACAUUUUCAGGGCGAAUUCAUUUUCUAUUUCAAUCUAGUUGGCCUGAUGAGUAUGUUUCUAAUAGUAUACACCACAAUAUUAUGGGCGUAUGGCCAAAUUCGACAAACUGUUGCUCAACACGCUAAGAACAACAAAUUUUCAAAAAUUGGUCAAUUAGAGCUGCAAAUCAAUAAAGUUAUACUGCUACAGGUAAAUCUUUCAAAAUUAUGUUAACAUUUUUUUAAUCUUCUUGGGGCUAGGCCUCUGGACUAGGGUUUUGGGCUAGGGCUCUAGGCUAGGGUUCUGGGCUAGGGUUCUGGGCUAGGGCUCUGGGCUAGAGCUCUGGGCUAGGGCUCUUUGCUAGGGCUUUGGGCUGGGGUUCUGGGAGAUGGCUCUGAGCUAGGGCUCCGGGCUAGGGCUAGGACUCUGUGCUAGAGCUCUAGGCUCAAAUGCGCUUUUUUAAAUCAUUUUAUUUUAGUUCCUAAUCCCUCUACUUGGCAACGGCAUUCCCGUAUUUCUGACCUCCGGUUCGUCCAUGAUGCAUGUUGACUUUGUCAUCCUCGGCACCAUCAAUAGAGUAUGUUGUACGUGGAUUGCAGCGUUAAAACCAAUAAUGACUGUGAUAUUAGUGCCUGCAUAUCGUCGACAAGUACUGGGCUUGGCAAAAGUUUCUUGGAACUCAUCUUCAGCAAGCUUCGAUCAUUCUCACGGUCAAGUCCGAAGGAACACUCAAGUUACUGUUAGGAGUCUGAAUGGUAAUCAAGCUCAAAGUCAUAAUGUUGUGUAA